CUUCGGGAGCCCAAGGGAGGAUUGCAAGGCGACAAGGGACAGAAGGGGAAGGAUGAGUGAAGACACGUCCACGAGUGGCACAGCCACAGAAGUUCCUGGAGAUAAUCUUGAAGAUCUAAGGAAUUUGAGCAUCGUGAGCAGAGUGGCCAGCCUCCCUUUGAUCAGCGCCAUGUACAAUCUCUGCGCCUCCUUGUAUCACCGGACCAAAGAAACUCAUCCAUACUUCAACAAGGCAGCCAAUGUGGUUGAGACAGUGACUGCAGUGGCUGUAGGGAUCGCAAUAAAGGGCACACAGCCGUUUUUUAGCCAUGUAGCACCCCGCAUUUCAGCGGCGAACAAUUACUUGAACGAGAGGCUGGAGAGAAUAGAGGAAACCCUGCCCUGCCUUCAUCAGCAACCCACUCAGCUGUAUGAAGAUAGCUGCAAUCUAACCAAAACAGUGGUUUCUUCCACGGUCAACACAGCCAAGGAUGCUGCUUCAGGAGCCAAAGAUAUAGUAACCCAAAGAGUGGCAGAAGCUGUAGAUAUCACCAAGGAUAUUGUGCAUGACGGUGUCAACUUAACCAAGUCAGCAGUGGCUUCCACAGUGAACACUGCCAAGGAAGCUGCAUUUGGGGCAUCAGAUCUCGUAACCCAUAGAGUAGCCGACAUUGUCAACUUGUCCAAAGGGACUGUUAAGGACAGUGUUGACCUGACCAAGUCAGUGGUGUCUUCCACGAUGGACACAGCUAAGGAUGCUGCAAUUGGGGCCACAGAUCUCAUGGCCAAACGAAUGGGCGACAUCAUCAACUUGACCAAAGGGACAGUUCAGGACAGUGUGGACCUGACCAAGUCAGUGAUGUCUUCCACGAUGGACACAGCUAAGGAUGCUGCAACUGGGGCCACAGAUCUCAUGGCCAAUCGAAUGGGCGACAUCAUCAACUUGACCAAAGGGGCAGUUCAAGACAGUGUUGACUUGACCAAGUCAGUGAUGAAUUCUACAGUUAACACCACCAAGGAAGCCACAUUAGGGGCCACAGACCUCGUGACCCAUAGAGUAGCCGACAUUGUCAACUUGUCCAAAGGGACUGUUCAGGACAGUGUUGACUUGACCAAGUCAGUGGUGACGUCCACAGUGAAUACUGCUAAAGAGGCUGCAUUUGGUGCCACAGAUCUCAUGACCCAUAGAGUGACUGACAUUGUUAACUUGACCAAAGGGACCGUUCAAGAUAGCGUUGGCUUAACCAAGUUGGUGGUGAAUUCCACAGUGAAUACUGCUAAAGAUGUAGCAUUCGGGGCCAAAGAUAUCAUGACGAACAGAAUGGGCGACAUCAUAAACUUGACCAAAGGGACUGUUCAAGACAGUGUUGACUUGACCAAGUCAUUGGUGUCCUCAACAGUGGGCACUGCACUCCAAGCUGCCCAGGGAACGAGGGAUAUCAUGGCCGGCCGGCCAUACAAACCCGCAGAGAACAUCAACGAACAAACCGCUGAGCUGAUCAACUACCUGAAGCAGAUAGUGGCAAGUGGACUGGACGCCAUGAUGGAGAAGUCAGAGAGAAUGGUGGAUCACUUCCUGCCUGUGACACAGGAAGAGCUGGAAAAGCUGGCUGCAGAAGUACCAGGUUCAAAGAAGGCUGCCACGAAGGACGGCCAGAAAAGUUAUUUCAUCCGUUUGGGGUCCCUAUCCACCAAAGUACGCCAUCGGGCCUACCUGCAUUCCCUCAGCAAGCUUCAUCACCUUAAAGAAAGCACUCAAAAUAUACUUUUGCAACUUCAGCUGGUUAUUAACUUGAUCGAGACGGGAAAACAAGGUGUGGGGCAGCGGCUCCAAGAGGCCCAACAGAAACUUCACCAGGUCUUGUCAGAGUGGUCCCAGAUGCAGCCUGGAGGAAGUCAGGCCAAAGGAGAUGUACAGAAUGAGGUUGAAUCGCGCACUCUGGCUUUGCUUCGUUUCAUCACACGAGACCUGGGCCCUGCCUACUCUCGGCUGAUGGCGAGUAUCGACGGCCUUCCUGGCCAUGUCCGGGAGAAAGUGGACCAAGCAGUCGGCAACGUGCGCCAGCUCCAUGCUUCUUUCUCCUCUGCCAAGUCCUUCCGAGACUUGCCGUCCAACAUCCUGGUUCAGGUCCGCGAGCAGAUCGCCAAGGCACGAGAGGCUCUGGACAUGCUCGUGGAGUAUGUGAGGCAGAACACACCUCUGAACUGGAUCGUGGGGCCCUUCCGAGCAUUGCCAGCUGGCACCAAGGAGGUCACGAUGGAGGAAAUGCCCACGCUGGGUGGCCCAGAGACGGAAAAGAAAGCCCCAAAGGAUGGAGACAAGACCACCAUGUCAACUGGGGCGCGGAAGGAGAUAGCGACGCCCCCACAGCCAGUGAGCGCUGUGCCCAAAUUGGCAAAGAUGCCUGAGCAAACCAAGGAGGCAGAAGCAGGAAAAGUGAAAGAAGCAGAUAAGACUAAGGAAGCAGAAGCUACUUUUGAAAUGCCGAAGAGGGCAAAGAUAGAUAUCAAGGGAAAGGAAGGGGAAACCAAAAAGGCAGGGAAAAGCUCUCUGAAUAAGACCCCUGAGGCACCUGAAGCGCCAUAAUUUUUGCUGGAGUUCUGGGGAAAGUUUUCCUGGCUGGUUUUGCACUCCUGUGCAGCUCUUCUCAGCCCAGCCCAGCCCAGGCCUCUUGCAAACCAAUACAUUAUUGUAUUGUCGAAGGCUUUCACAGCCGGAAU